UUGAUAGUGAGCAAGCAAGAGGCUUGGAGACAAAAUAAAAAAGCGUAUAUGGGUUGGUAAGCGGCAAAUCCAGCUGCCAAUGCCUAUUUGACUUCCCUAUUAGAUCAUGGUGAGCUCGUCUUCUUCUUUCUUCUCUCUCUCUCUCUCUCUAAAAGUUAUUGCUUUAAAGAUCUCUCAAUCAUGAACAUGAAGACCCCAAUCACAACAUUCCAUUCCUCCUCAUGAAUACUUCUACAUCAGUGAGGCGAUUGGUUUCCUCAAAGACAAUGAAAUGUUUCCACUUCAGCAAAGACAAAUCUCAGGAUGAAGUCAAGACUAAAAAAUGUGAUUCAAUACGAUCUUCUUCCAUUGCCAGAGGAGGAUCAGUGGGGUCUGAGUUUAACUCACAAACAAGUACUACCACUACUACUACUUCCUUACACGUCCUCUCUGAGACACACAUUAACAACCUCAAAGUCUUCCCCCUCGAUGACCUCAAAACCGCUACCAACAACUUCAGCAGGUCCUUGAUGAUCGGCGAAGGCGGCUUUGGUGGCGUGUUCCGCGGCAUCAUUCAAAGCCCUGAAGACCCUCGUAAAAAGAUCGAAAUCGCAGUGAAACAGCUCAGCAGAAGAGGCUUACAGGGGCAUAAAGAAUGGGUGACAGAAGUGAACGUGUUGGGAGUAGCGGAGCAUCCGAAUCUCGUGAAGCUGAUCGGUUACUGCGCUGAAGACGAUGAGAGAGGGAUCCAACGGCUGCUUGUUUACGAAUACGUACCGAACAGAAGCGUUCAAGACCAUUUAUCUAACCGUUUUGUACUCACUCCUCUCCCUUGGUCUACUAGAAUGAAGAUUGCUCAAGACACUGCUCGUGGACUCGCUUAUCUUCAUCACGGCUUGGAGUUUCAGAUUAUCUUUAGAGACUUCAAAUCUUCAAACAUUCUUCUUGAUGAGAAUUGGAACGCAAAGCUCUCUGACUUCGGACUGGCUAGAAUGGGACCUUCUGAUGGAAUCAGUCAUGUCUCAACCGCGGUUGUAGGGACCAUUGGUUAUGCAGCUCCGGAGUACAUCCAAACAGGACACCUCACGGCCAAGAGCGACGUGUGGAGCUAUGGAAUCUUCCUCUACGAGCUCAUCACAGGAAGACGGCCGUUCGACAGAAACCGACCAAGAAACGAGCAGAACAUCUUGGACUGGAUCAGACCACACUUGGCUGAUAUCAAGAAGUUCAAGAUGAUCGUCGACCCAAGGCUAGAAGGAAACUACUACCUCAAAUCUGCUUUGAAGCUAGCUGCGGUUGCGAACCGGUGUUUGAUGGUGAAGGCCAAGUCUAGGCCAACGAUGAGUGAGGUUUCAGAUAUGUUAGAGAGGAUAGUGGAGACUUCGGCGGAGGAGGUUUCUAGUGAUGUGCCGUUGAUGAAGAGCUUGGCGCCUAAAGAUGCGUUUGAGGCGACAAGGAGAGAGAGGGUUAAGAGAAGAUUUGUUGAAGUUUUAAUUGGGGUUAAUGGUUGUCCUAAUCUGCCUACUUGGUCUCCUAAACUUGUUACUUCUCUUUGAUUCUUGAUAGAGAAGUAGAGAACAAACAACUCAAAUUCAAAACGUGUGUGUUAUAUGCCUAAUAUUUUAUUACACUGCCAUUAUAACCUUUUCAGUA